UGAGUGUAACCUUUUAACCGUAAUCGUAUCAUUAUUGAUGUUAGGAUUGGUUAUAGGCGCUAUCUUUCCUCACUUUCCCUUUUUCUCUUCUCUUCUUCUCAGCUUCACUUCACCAUUUUCAAUCUUCCAUCGCUCUUUCAAGGUUUGUGGAAUCUGGUUCUGUUUUUCCAUUUUGAGAUUUUCCAAAAACUUGAUAAUCAUGUAUCCUGGUGGUUAUACCGCUGAAAUUACAAACUUAUCUCCAAGAGCAACCGAGAAUGAUGUACACAAUUUUUUUGGAUACUGUGGUGUGAUUGAGCGCGUUGACGUGAUAAGACACAAUGAUUUUGAUUCUACUGCAUAUGUGACUUUUAAGGAAGCCUAUGCCCUGGAAACUGCAUUAUUGCUUAAUGGUUCGAUGAUUUUGGACCAAAGCAUUUCCAUUUCGCGCUGGGAAGCUUAUACAGAUGACAGUAAUUGGAACAGGCAUAACAUUGAAGACAGUAUUACAUACUCUCAAGAUAUUCACAUGGAUAAGUUUGUUUCUUCCCCUGGAGAAGCUUUUACUAUGGCCCAAGAGGUUGUCAAAACAAUGGUAGCAAAAGGAUAUGUACUGAGCAAAGACGCAUUUGUGAUGGCAAAAGCUUUCGACGAAUCCUGCAGUGUAUCAUCCACAGCAUCAGCCAAAGUUGCUGAACUCAGCAACAAAAUUGGAUUAACAGAAACCAUAAAUUCAGGUAUCGAAACUUUCAAAUCUGUUGACGAGAAGUAUCAUGUUACAGAUAUCACGAAAUCGGCCGCAGCGGUUACAGGGACGACAGCUAUAGUUGUGGCAACAGUUACUGGAAGAGCAGCUGUGGCUGCGAGUAAUGCUAUAGUCAAUAGCAGCUACUUUGCGAAAGGAGCUCUUUGGGUUUCGGAUAUGUUAUCUCGUGCGGCAAAGUCAGCCGCCGAUUUGGGUCACCAUCAAAACAAAUGAAACUCGAAAACGUACAUGGCUCGGUCUAUUAUGUUUGGUUGUUGUACACAAACAAAUCGGAACAAAUAUUCGGUGAUACUGUAUCGGUUUGACGUUACUUAUCUGGUGCAAAUGUUGAUACCAGAGGAUCCAUGAUAAGUUGCAACUGUAUCCUUUUAGAAAUCACCAAACAAAACAUAGUUAUUUGUAUGUAUUGAGUUUCCUCAUGUCUAUUGUUGUGUUAAUAACUAGUUUUGUUAAGUUUAAUUACUAUGUACUGACAACUUAAUAUGUUGUUAUACAUUGUUAUAUGUCUAAGUCCACUCAUAUUUUACAA